AUGGAGAUGUUUCUGACACUUGUCUCUGCUGAAAAUCUGCAGACUCAGCUUCAAAAGCUUUCCUUCCACAAAGCUGUAAGUGAAGGGUUGGGGUCCCGAGCCGUCCCCCAGACACCCCACACUUUCCCCGUGGCCACACCCCUGGGGGAGGGGCGAUCCCGGGACUCUGCCCGCCAGAAGCCUUGCCCCUUUCCCUGGAAGUUCUGUUACCCUCAAGGCAUUAUGGGAAUUAUGGAAGCUUGCUGGGAGGAUGGGAAUCAAAUCUGUGCCCCGGCGAGACUUAUCAAUGGCGGCAUGGCAGGGUUGGUGGGAGUGACCUGUGUGUUCCCCAUUGACUUGGCCAAGACCCGGCUGCAGAACCAGCAUGGAAAGAUGGUCUACAGAGGAAUUGUUGACUGCCUGGUGAAGACUAUGGGCGCAGAAGGAUUUUUUGGCAUGUAUCGAGGAGUAGCAGUGAACCUAGCCUUAGUCACUCUGGAGAAAGGCAUCAAGCUGGCAGCCAAUGACUACUUCCGAGAGCUACUCUUCGUAGACGGGUCAAAAAAGAAUCUGCUGAAGGAGAUGCUGGCUGGCUGUGGAGCUGGGAUGUGCCAGGCUGUGAUUACCUCUCCCAUGGAAAUGCUGAAGAUUCAGCUGCAGGAUGCCGGACGACUGGCUGUGAACCAACAGAGGUCAUUCACAUCAGCAGCUUCCCUCAUCAGGCCCUAUAUCACGGACUCUGUCUCCACUACUAAGCAUCCUUCUGCCGUCGUCAUCACCUGGGAACUCUAUCGUGCCCAAGGCCUGAGGGGCCUCUAUAGGGGUUUUGGUGCCACUCUGAUGAGGGAUAUUCCUUUUUCAGUCAUCUAUUUUCCCCUGUUUGCCAACCUCAACAAUCUGGGGCUCAAUGAAGCUACUGGGAAGGCCCCCUUUACAUUCUCUUUUGCCUCUGGUUGCUUAGCAGGAUCCGUGGCAGCUAUUGUGGUGACGCCCUUCGAUGUUUUGAAAACACGAAUUCAGACUCUCAGGAAAAGUCUGGGGGACGAAAACUAUAACGGGAUUGUCGACUGUGCCAGGAAAAUCUGGACUCAGGAAGGACCUGCUGCCUUCAUGAAAGGAGCUGGUUGCCGGACCCUUGUCAUAGCACCUCUUUUUGGUAUUGCCCAAGCUGUCUAUUUCAUGGGUAUUGGAGAAAAGAUCUUAACAUUUUUCUUUAGAUAA